UAUCUUUUGCGCAAAGAAAAGGUUGAGUUUUGACGCAGAAGGCAAAGAAGAAAAAGCCCUUGGUGUAAAGAGUAAAAAGGGUCACAGACAACCAAAAGGAGCGAGCAACCAUGGCAGCAACUUCUCAGCUCACUAGAAGUUUCACCUCUGUUUCUCUAUCUCCCACCGCUCUCUACCAUUUCCCUAAUUCACCUUCUUGCCUUUCGUUCGUCAGCAACAAACUUUAUUCCCACAAAAUCUCAUCAAGAAGAGUUUUGACAAUCAGAAAACAUGGUGCUCUUAAGAUCCAUGCUAUGACCGCUUCGUUUGGAUCUCGAUUAGAAGAGACUGUGAAGAAAACCAUCACCGAUAAUCCAGUUGUCGUCUAUUCCAAAACUUGGUGUUCGUAUUCUUCUGAGGUGAAAUCUCUAUUCAAUCGGCUUGGUGUACAACCACUCGUCGUUGAACUGGACCAAAUGGGUGCCCAAGGACCACAGCUACAAAAAGUCCUUGAACGACUUACUGGUCAACAUACAGUCCCAAAUGUUUUUAUUGGAGGCAAACACAUAGGUGGUUGUUCUGAGACUGUCAAGUUACACAGAAAAGGGGAACUCGAAGCUUUGUUGGAGGAGGCAAAAAGUGCAUAAACCGUGUGGCCAUGUGAUGUGAUGUUCUUUUUUACCCCACAUGUUUUCGUCUUGAUUUUAAUUUGUUAAUUUAUAUGAUAAUUUGAUUAAAAUGCUGUAAUUGAUUGUGAUGAUGACAAUUUGGAUGUGUAAUUGAUAAUUUUUUUUUUUAAAAAAAAAAGAUAGGAAGAUUAUAGGUUUA